CUCUCACCCACACACAGCUGACACAGUCACUGUCACAUUUCCUCUGUACACCACACGGUUCCUUUUGAGAACUGCUGAGGCUGAGUGUCAGUCAGUCAGACAGACAAUCAGACACACAGGCAGGCUUGAUGCCAGGUCGAGGUGUAGGAGCUCGUGUGCAGCCCAGUUUGCAGGAUGAAAAGCCACUGGUGGAGCUGUGUGCUGGGGUUAGUCUGCAUGGCUGCUGAGGUCGCGCACAGCACCUGGACAGUUCUCCAAAGUCCCGCUUCCACCCAUCGCGCAAAAGUCAACUCCUCUGCUGAGAUCAAAUGCUCCACAUCCUCAACAGAAGUGAUGGGGCUCUGCCUGCGUAGGAGAUUCCACAGCAAAAGGGACAUUGUGUUCCUGUCCCUAAACAAAGGAGAAGUAAUGAAAGAUACUACGGCUACAGAAUUUAAAGGGCGAAUUCAGGUGACUCCGAACAGGAAUGUCAAGCAGGGCAUUGAGCUGACCCUGCAACUGUCCCUGCUGCAGCUCGAAGACACAGACUUGUAUUACUGCGAGUGGAAUUCUCUUGACUCACAGUCGAUGCAGGAAUCCAAGUCCAGCAAUGGAACCAUUUUGAUCGUCAGGGAGUUUGAUGCCCAUGAAGAAUGCGAGUCCAAGCUGCUGGAUCACGUCCUGAUUUCCUUAAGUGCGGCUGCAUUAAUUUUCCUACUGUUUUUUUGCAUUGGAACGAUGAUUCUGAAAUGCCCAAGAUUCAAGAAGCGCUUCAGACCGGCCAGGGUCAUAACAUCAAACAGACCGAACAGGCCACAACACGUGUGUCCUCAGCGGAGCAACCAGCAUUACCCUUACUGGAUAACGACUGAAGAUAACCUGGACUACAGGGACAUUCUGUAAUGAUGACAUGAUAAGGGACAAGUAUUCAUUGGAAAACUGGUCUCAACUAUGAAGUCAAUAUAAGAUAGCAGUAUACAGGGGACAUCUUUAACAGCUAGCCCUCUUUUGUUUUUCUGCUCUUCGUUUCCUUUUACAAAUAAAUCUGCCUUUGUAUGUAUCUGUCAUUAGGUGCAUGUACCACAUCCUGACACGCGCGUGGGUUACAGGUGUGAUGCACAAGAUUGUUGAAGAAAAGUGCAAUGCAACUUUUUUUUGCUCUGUGAAAUGCAACGCAGUUGGCUUGUUAAUUUUGCAUCUUGUUUCCUUUGGCCAAAUGUGAACUAUUGUUUUGUAUCUGUUCAGGUGUCUAAUGAGCAUUAAAGCCAUGAUCUUA